GCUAUCGCAGCACCUGACCUCGCGACAAACAAGGCACUCGAGGAGGUGGUUGAAGCGGCCCCUGCAGCCAGACCGACAAGCAAGCAGGCACCAUGAGGGUGGUCGCCGUGUCCAUGGUGCUGCUGGGCGCUGUUGCCAGCUGUGGAGCCGCCGGUCCCAACCUGCCUGUGCCCGACUCGGCGCGGCUCGACUGGUGGCAGACGGCGCUCAUCUACCAGAUGUACCCGCUCUCCUUCAAGGACGGCGACGGCGACGGCUACGGCGACUUCAGAGGUGUGCUAGAGAAACUGGACUAUGUGAAAGAGCUGGGCGCUGACGCCGUUUGGUUUACGCCAAUCAAUAAAUCGCCAGACAGGGAUUGGACUUACGACGUGUCAAACUACACUUCGAUCCAUACUCUCUUUGGAACCAUGGAGGACUUUGACGCUGUUAUCAGCAAAAUGAACAAGCUGGGUUUGAAGUUCAUUUUUGACUACGUUCCUGACUACUGCAGCGACCAAAUAGAAUGGUUCCAGAAGUCCAAGGAAGGCAUAGAACCUUACAGCGACUACUACAUUUGGCACCCUGGCUACUACAACAACGACACAGGUGUCAGGAGUGUCCCCAACAACUGGGGAACAGUGUUCGGUGGUCCGGCCUGGACGUGGGUGGACAGCAGGCAGAAGUACUACUGGCACGUGUUCACUCCCCAGCAGCCCGAGCUCAACUGGCGGUCCGGCCGUCUGGUCGCCGACAUGAAGGAUGUCCUGCGCUUCUGGCUGGACAAGGGAGUGUCGGGCUUCAGGGUGGACUCCGUGUCGCGGCUGUUCGAGGACGCCCAGUUUCGGAACAACACCAACAGGAUAGACUACACGCUGAACCAGCCGGAGACCUACGACAUGGUCACCCAGUACAGAGCCCUGCUGGACGAGUACACGGCCAAGAAGGGCGACUUCACAAGGUUCAUGAUGCUGGAGACGACUGGCUCCCUGGCCAAGGACGUGGGCUACUUCGGGAACAAGACCAAUCCUGGAGGCCACCUGCCGUUCAUAUGGGAGUUCAUGACUGCGGUGCACUCGGGUGCCAAUGCUAACAGUUUCAACGUCGCCAUCAACAACGUCAUGGCUAGCGUGCCGUCUGGGAACUGGUACAUUUGGUUCUCCGGGAACCACGACAACUACCGGGUUGCCACGCGCGUGCCGGGGCUGGAGGACGCCGUCAACCUGAUGCAGCUGCUGCUGCCCGGGGCCGCCAUCACGUACAUGGGCGAGGAGAUGGGCAUGACCGACAACCUGGACAUCACGUACUCUGAGGGGGUGGACCCGCAGGGCUGCAACGCCGGCGCGCAACACUACAUCCAGAAGACCAGGGACCGCGCGAGGACCCCCCUGCAGUGGGACAACACCACCAACGCAGGCUUCUCCGCGGCCAACAAGACAUGGCUGCCGGUCAACAAGAACUACGUGAGCCUCAACAUCGCCGCCCAGGAGGCAGCUGCCAACAGCCACCUCAAAGUGUACAAGCGCGCGGCCCAGCUGAGGAGAGUCAGGGCCAUACAGAGAGGGGCCCUCCACAACCACGCCAUCUCCACCAGUGUGUUCGCGUACUCCAGAGAGCUGAAGGGGGAGCCAGCCUACAUAGUGGUGGUGAACACAGGGAGCGCGACAGAGACAGUCAGUCUAAGCACUGCCUUCUCCAAUCUGCCGACUGCAGCGGUUGUAGAGAUAGCGGGCGUGGACUCAGGCUUCCAAGAAGGGGACAGCUUGUCACUCGUCAAGAUCAGCCUGAAGGGAAAGGCAGCUCUGGUGCUACGCACGGGAAAGAUUUGAAGAUAUAGUUAUUGUUAUGUACUUUCUGAUAUUAAAUUAAAUAAAUAGAUGAAUGAUUAAAA